AUGUCGCCUGAAAAUGAAAACCUCCUAUGCCACAUUUUAUUAACAGAACUACUAGCCUACCAGUUUGCGUGGCCAGUGAGAUGGAUCGAAACUCAGCAUGUUCUGCUCAAUCAGUUUCAAACCGAAAGGCUGAUCGAAGUGGGUCCUCAACCAAUCCUAGCUAAUAUCGCGAAGAGGACUCUCAGCCAAGCUGCAAAAUACGAGUGCGCUACAACGAUAACUACUCGGCGUCAGGUACUCUCGACUGCUAGCAAUAUGGACGAGAUAUGUUACCACUAUAACCCGCCAUCAAAAGAUGACACUUCUGGCUGCUCCAACACCAUGACCAUUCCAGCUAAAAAUGCGGGUGUAGUUGUCGGCCACCCUGCACGUGACUUUAACCAGUCCCUUCAAAAGGCUCACGAAAGUCAACACCCUUUAUCUAAGGGCGUGGAUGCUGUACGUUUAACACCUGAAUUUGCUUUGAGAUUCAUUAUAUCCCGAAAGCUGAUAGCCUUUGAGGUGAAUUCCUUACCUUUAGAAAAGUCUCUCAAGGAAGUCUGUAAUGGAAAGUCAACGGUCCAGAAUGAGUUAGUUGCUGACAUAUACAAGCAAUUUCCGACGCUAAAAGACGUCCACAAAAUCGAGGACAUGCCAAUUAGCACUUUAUCAAAGGAAGCAACACUUCUUGAUGACGACUCUGAUGCUGUCGGCCCAUUGAUUGCCGAUGUUUUGAGCAGCUUCAUAUCUAGAAGUUUUACCGGUGAUUUAUGCAGCUUGAGCAGUGUCCGACGUUACUUAAAGGAUACAUGGAAUAUACGAACCACAUCAGGUAUUCUUGUUUUCCUCGGUUCAAAAAAUAUAAAAGAGAGGUUUGCGAGUGAAGAAAAAACGAAACGGUUCAUCGACGACAGCUGCGCAGAAUACGCUAAAAUUUACAACAUCCCUCUUAAGGUUACAACUUUGUCGGAAGCGGGUCAGCAAAAUUUGAGCAUCGAGGCAGAUGAUGAUGAAAAACCCAAGGUGAUAAGCAUUGAAAGCUAUAUGGCUUUUCAAAAUGAUUUGACGCAGCUACAUCAUCACCAAAAUCAAAUUUUUGGUCAACGUUUGAAGGUUUCCAGUGAAAGGUCCGAGAUUGAAGAACUACGGGCUCAAGUAGCUGAAAUGAAGGGUAAGGUUUCAGCGAUUGAGGAAGAGUUUGGAAAUGAUCUUAUUGAAAAAUCGUUAAUGCGGUCGUUUUCCCCUUUGAAAGUGAGAACAUUUGACUCAUCAUGGAACUGGGCGCGACAAUCUAUCAUCAAACUACUCUAUGCUCUUCAAAGAGAGCCGGAAAAAAUCGCACAAAUUUUGAAUCCAUCUGUCGUUCAAAACAUCGCGAAUAGAGCCGAUGUCAAUGUUGUUAGAAUUAUCCAGUACACACUGAAAAAAAAUAAGUACGACGCUGCCGUAAGGGAGUUGUUCGAAAAGGUCGUGAAUUACAGUUUACAGGAGAUUUCCAAGCCACCGCUCUUUUACGUGAAGAACUUUGAAGCCGCUAAAUCUAGGCUUCUGUGCCAUCCUCAUAAUGCAACGCACUAUAUCAAAGAAAUGUCAUUAGCGGCGGCAUCUCAAGAAACCGAGCACUCUUUUUUUUCAUCUCGAUUAAGCGGCGAUAUGGAUAGCUACUACAAGGUUGAAAAAGAGCUUUUCCAAGUUUACUCUAAAAUCAUAAGGUACUCUUUAGACUCGAAUAAUCCGACAGCAAACAUACGGUCUCAAUUUGACACGGUGUACGAACAGUUGUUGAUCUUCCUGAGAAACUCAGACCAUGUAGCUUCAUUCUUCAGAAGUAUUGUUAAUGAAGCUGUGAGAUCCGUCAAUAAGGGUUUGAUUCCAACCAAAGACAGUUUUCAAGACAUUGUUGUUGAUGAUAUCGAGGUGCUGUCGUCCGACGAAGAGGACGAUCACUUUAUGUCAUCAGACUACAGACAGGCAAAGAAGGUGGCACCCGAAGUCAAGAUACCCACCGGUAUAGUGCCAUUUGUACACCUCAAAAAGAGAUCUAAUGUGUCAGGAGAAUGGAACUAUGACAAGCAGCUCACACAGACCUAUCUCAAUAACCUUCAAAAAAUAGCUAUCAACGGGGUUUCUUUUUAUGGCAAAAGAACAUUGAUAUUUACCACAGGCGCGGAGGAUAAAAUCGCUUUAGAGGUCAUACGUGCCCUACUCCAAGCUGGUUCAAAGAUAGUGGUAGGGACACAGCAGUUUGAUCGCAAGACAUGUGAUAUCUUCCAGAGGUGCUACCAGAAUUAUGGUUCCACGAGCUCUGAGCUAGUCGUGCUUCCCUUGAACAUGAGUUCCAAAAGAGAUGUUAUCAAAUUCUCCACGCAUUUGUUCUCUAAAAUGGGCGAUAUUGACUUUUUUUUGCCCUUACAUGUGAGAACAACUUGUGAGUCAAUAUUGGAUUAUACUUCGGCCGCAGAACUAGCCCAUAGGUCCUCUAGCAUCAAUUUGCUACGUUUCCUUGGUAGUAUUGUGAGAGAAAAGAGGGCAAUGGGAACGGACACAAGGCCGACGCACGUUUUACUCCCGCUUUCACCAACUCAUGCAAACAUUAACGAAAAAUACAACUUCUCAGAUACUUUCAUGGCGGUCGUGCUUCAAAAAUGGUUUGAUGAAGACUGGUCUGCAGAAUUAAGUAUUUGUGGUUGUGUCAAUGGAUGGACACACGACGGUGAUGGUGAUUAUAUUUCCCGUGGAUUGGAGAAAGUGGGAAUCCGGACAUUUGCAAACAAUGAAAUGGCAUUCAACAUUUUGGGUCUUUUAACGUAUGAGGUCAUUUUUUACUGUCAAGAUACUCCUUUGAUAGCAGACCUAAACGGAGGCUUGCAAGCGCACCCGAAUUUAAGUCUGAUCGUGGACAAACUCAGAACCGAUCACGACGAAAUGGAACAGGUGACGGAAGAGAUCAACAAACAGCGUUUGUGUGAUUCCAAACUUAGAGGCCAUAUCUCGCAUCCCGUCGUAGAGGCCCAACCUAGAGGAGCAGGCCACCUUUUCUUUCCCAAAAUCUUACAGCAUCAGGAAGUUAAAGAACAUUUCAAUGGUGAUAACCUAAGCGGGCUUCUCGACUUGUCAAGUGUGGUCGUCGUCACCGGCUUCGGAGAAAUUGGACCUUGGGGGAGUCAAAGAACACGUUGGGAGAUGGAAAGAGAUCAUAAGUUUUCUUUGGAGGGCUGCAUAGAACUGGCAACUAUCAUGGGGUUGAUUGAGUAUCGCAAUGUCGGAAGUGGCGGGACCUGGAUCGAUUGUAAGACAAAAGAAGCAGUUCAAGAGUUUGAGAUUAAAACGAGGUAUGAGAAUCAGAUAAGAGAAAGUUGUGGCAUACGGUUUGUUGGAAAAAAUCCCUCUCCUCAUUUUGAUAUUCACAAAAAAGAAGUACUUCAUGAAAUCGUCCUUACACAUGAUUUGAGCCCGGUUCGAAUGUCCGCUGAGCAAGCAGAACAAUACAAGUUGCACCACGGUGAAAAAUUGGAGAUAUACCCUGUAGAAGACGAGAGUGAAUGCUUGGUCAAAUUUCUAAAAGGGUGUUGUCUCAUGAUUCCGAAGGCAAUGAAUUCGGAGCGAUUUGUUGCAGGUCAAAUUCCAGAUGGUUGGGAUCCAGCUUUACUCGGUAUUCCGGAUGACAUAAUAUCUCAGGUGGACCCAAUUACGCUAUACGCACUGGCAGCUACAGCAGAGGCUUUUAUUACUUCGGGUGUUCAAGACCCCUACGAGCUUUUCAAAUAUGUCCAUGUCUCCGAGGUUGGUAACUGCGUUGGUUCGGGUAUCGGUGGUAUGAAAUCACACUGCGAAGUGCAGAAAAAUCGUUACAAAGACGGAGACGUGAAAUCUGAUGUCCUACCCGAAACUUUCGCCAAUGUCACUGCGGCAUGGAUUAAUAUGCUUUUGCUAUCCUCAUCAGGUCCGAUCAAAACACCAGUUGGCGCAUGUGCCACUGCGGUUGAGUCUCUGGACAAUGCGGUGGAAACCAUUCUCUCAAAGAAGGCUAAAAUUUGCAUUGCUGGCGGUUGCGAUGAUUAUGAGGAAAACAUUGCUAAUGAAUUUGGAAAUAUGGGGGCAACAUCGAACUCAAAAGUGGAAUUGGAACAUGGCAGAGAUCCGGACGAAAUGUGUAGACCUGCAACAUCGACCCGUAACGGUUUCAUGGAAUCUCAGGGAGCAGGAAUACAAAUUCUUAUGUCCGCAGACGUCGCUAUUGAAAUGGGUGUGCCUAUAUAUGGCAUAGUCGCGAUGACAGGCACAGCAUCAGACAAGAUCAGUAAAUCUCUUCCCGCGCCCGGCCAAGGAAUUUUAACCUGUGCUCGUCAGAAUACCGCUGCUAAGUCGCAUAGUAGUAGUUACAAGCUGAGCCCGGAGUACAGACGACGCCAACUGAACCUGCGCUUGAGCGAGAUCAAACUAUGGGGCGAAAACGAAAGGGCCGAGGGCAUGGACUCUGCGUUUGUCGAUCAACUCGUCAAAACUCAGCAACAAGAAGCCCGAAGUCACUGGGGGAACACUUUUUGGCACAAAAACCCAACUAUCUCUCCCAUUAAAGGCAGUCUUGCCACUUUCGGAUUGACGAUCGACGAUGUUGCUGUUGCGUCCUGCCAUGGUACAUCUACAAAAGCGAACGAAAAGAAUGAGUCCCACGUACUCAACACGAUGAUGGCCCAUUUGGGAAGGACCGAGGGAAACCCGGUUCUUUCAGUCUUCCAGAAACACUUGACCGGGCAUCCCAAAGGUGCUGCUGGAGCGUGGAUGGCUAACGGUAUUUUGCAAUCGAUGCAGGAAGGAGUGGUACCGGGAAACCGAAACGCUGACAACAUUGAUAAAGAAUUCGCCAAGCACCAGCAUCUGGUCUAUCCUUCCGAAAGUUUGAAAAUUGGUACUAUCAAAGCAGCUUCUCUGACAUCGUUUGGAUUUGGCCAAAAGGGCUCAAUGGCGAUAUUCGUCAACCCGAACUACGCUCUGGCCGCACUUCCCAAAGAACAAUACGAAGAAUAUUCAAGCAAAGUGCGGAACAGAGCUGCCAAAGCUCAGCAACAUUUCUCACAGGCACUCAUAAGUCGGAAGCUCUGCCCAAUUAAGCUCAAAGCUCCUUUCAGCGCCAAGCACGAGGAGGAAGUCUUUCUCAACCCCGUUUUGAGAGCAAAUGACAGGCAUGAAAUCGGAGCUUCUGACCUUUCUUGA